UAGGAACUAAGUUCCGUCACUGCAAUUGUCAGACGGACGGCCAAAUAUGUUGCACCAGCGUAGUGUCAUGCUUUCGUGUUUGACUUGCUAAAAUUGGGACUUUUCACAGGAUCGGAAGAUUGUCACAAACUGUUCUGUGAUUUCAGUCGUGGGGCCAUGGAUACGAGCACAGGAACUCCAGAAACCACUUCUACAAAUGGGAUUGAAAAAGGCUGUGCCGCGAUAAAAACACAAUACCUCACAACCAAAGAGAAGUUUCAUGCGCAUGUGGAUUCAGGGUGGAAAGGUGUCAAAGGCAAGGAGGACAAUGAAGCUACAGGUCAAGUGGAGGAGAAGACCGGAGAGCCAGAGGAGAAGAAGAUAAAGCUGGAUAAUGGUGCGCAACAAGAGGAAGACAAACACAACAAAAAGAAAUUCAGGGGUCAAAAUAAGUCCAGGCCUCACAAAAAACCUCAAAGCUAUGAUGACCGAAGACUCUGCCCCUCAAUCAUACAGGAACGAGAAGCAAAAUGUUUCUAUGGUGACAAAUGCAAGUUCUUCCAUAACAUUGCUGACUAUAUGGCCUCCAAGCCAGCUGACCUGGGAGAGAAAUGCUACCUCUAUGACACCUUUGGGAAAUGCCAGUAUGGCGUGACCUGUCGGUUUGCCAAAGCCCACACCGGACCUGACUUCAAGAACCAUGUGAACGAAGAAGUGUUCAGGGCGUGCAAGGAAAAGACAGUCAAGAAUAGUCUGGACAAAGACUUGCAGUGGCGUUUACGUAAGAGGCAAGUGCCUUUCAACGCGUCUGAGGCCUACCUGAAGACCAUCAUCAAAGGCAAACCUCAGGGCAAUAACAAGAGUACAGACGCUGCAGAAAAGGACAGCUGCCGUACGGCCGAUGCCCAGGAUCAGCCCGCAGAAGUGGACAGUGCCGCAAAUGUGAAAGACACAGAGGGUGGUCAGGGUCAGGAGCUUGCUGUCAAAAGUGUUGGAGCAUUGACUGAUGUCGACCUUGUAAAGCUGCGUCCUUGUGAGAAGAAGCAGGUGGAUUUCAGAGAUAAGUUGUAUCUAGCUCCGUUAACAACAUGUGGGAAUCUCCCUUUCCGGCGUGUCUGCAAGCGGUUUGGUGCUGACAUCACGUGUGGGGAGAUGGCCAUGUGCACUAAUCUGCUCCAGGGCCAGUCUUCAGAGUGGGCACUCCUGAAAAGGCACGAGAGUGAGGACCUCUUUGGAGUGCAGCUGGAGGGCUGCUUCCCAGACACCAUGACCAGGUGUGCUGAGCUGCUCAAUAACAACAUUGACGUGGACUUUGUGGACAUCAACUCUGGUUGUCCCAUUGAUCUUGUAUUCAAAAAGGGUGGGGGCUGUGGUCUGAUGAUGAGGACCAACAAAUUUGAGCAGAUUAUUAGGGGAAUGAAUUCGGUUCUGGACGUCCCAUUAACGGUCAAGAUUCGUACAGGCGUUCAAGAAAAGACCAACACGGCACACAAACUCAUCCCAGAACUCAAAAAGUGGGGUGUAUCACUAAUAACGUUACAUGGUAGGUCCCGUGAACAACGCUACACUAAGCUAGCAGACUGGGAUUACAUUGACACUUGCUCGAAGUUGGCUAGUCCCAUUCCACUCUUCGGUAAUGGAGACAUUCUGUCCUGGGAGGAUGCAAUGAAGGCCAGAGAAACUGGAGUGUCGGGGAUAAUGGUGGCAAGGGGUGCUCUGAUAAAGCCCUGGAUCUUCACCGAGAUCAAGGAGAAGAGGCACUGGGACAUCUCCUCCAGCGAACGCCUGGACAUCCUGCGGGAUUUCACAAACUUUGGCAUGGAGCACUGGGGAAGUGAUACUCAGGGCCUAGAAAAGACCAGAACCUUCCUGCUGGAAUGGCUGUCCUUCAUGUGCAGGUACAUUCCUGUGGGAUUGUUGGAAAGAGUGCCUCAAAAGAUUAAUGAGCGACCACCUUACUAUAUGGGCCGAGACUACCUCGAGUGUCUCAUGGCCAGUCAAUAUGUGGAUGACUGGGUAAAAAUCAGUGAGAUGUUGCUGGGACCUGUGCCGAAGAACUUCAGUUUCCUUCCCAAACAUAAAGCCAAUGCUUAUAAGUAAAUGACUGCUGAACUAUCACAGUGGUAUAGAGAGGUAGUUGGUUUUAAAACAGGUAUUCUAACUUGAUUGAUGAUUUGUGUGGCUGUUGAUUAGAUUCACAUAGAAUUUCAUUAGAGAUGAUGUUUCCUAUCAGAAAGUGGCUUAUUAUAAUUGUAAAGGUUGGAAAGUGGAGAUGUGGAGAUUGUACAGCUGCUCAAAAACAGCAACAACAAUAUUGUCAAUAUUGGAGUCUUUAUACCAGUAUGUUUUUUGUUUUAUUUCGCCAAAAGGCUGUUUUUUUUGUGUGUUUAUUUACUGUUUAUUUUGCUCAGGUGAUAUGACUUACUUCUGGACUUCUUGUUGAUUUUUGUUGAUACUGCUUUAUUUGUGUGACAAGAAGUCUAGCCAUACUCAUUCUGCAAACUUCCUGUCAUUAGUGUGUAUUUGAAUUACAGCCUUUGGUGAGAGACCAGACAAUAAAGAUGACUUUUCUUUUAAUUCUUUUAAUAUUUAAAAAAAACUCACUCACUCACCUCUACCAGUUAAGAUCAAAGAGAAGGGAAGGGAAGAGAAAGGUUGUAUAAUAAUUGUAGGAUGCAAUUGCUUCAUAGUCCUACGUUACUUUUCUGUGCAGCAGUUGACAACACUUCGAAUAAAUAAUGCUUUAGAACUCA